AUGAAUGACAACUAUCAGCUGAACAGGAUGGCAACUUUGGAUGACAACAACAAUGCCCCAGGUGGUGUGAUCAGUUACAUUGGUUCAAAUGGAUCUUCCCCAAGCCGCACCAGUCCCAUCUCUUUAUGUGGCAGUGACAGUUUGAAUGGCAGCUGCCAACUGUUUUCCCACCCAACUUUUCCCAACUACUUCCCACCUUCGCCCACUGGAUCUCUGGUGCAGGAUUCUGGACGCUUCUACGGGGGUAGUUCGGCUGGACUUGGCGAUGAUGCCUCCCCGUCGUUGUCGUCUUCCUCCUCUUCCUCCAGCUCUGGAGGUUCUCCAGUGGGACUCCAAGUGACCUUGGAUGAUGGGAGGCGUGUCUCCCCUAUCAAAAGCACCAGCAUCACGAAACUCAAUGGGAUGGUCCUUCUAUGUAAAGUUUGUGGUGAUGUUGCUUCCGGCUUCCAUUAUGGUGUCCAUGCCUGUGAAGGCUGCAAGGGUUUCUUUCGGCGCAGCAUUCAGCAGAACAUCCAAUACAAAAAGUGCCUGAAAAAUGAAACUUGCAGCAUCGUCCGCAUCAACCGGAAUCGUUGCCAGCAGUGUCGCUUUAAGAAGUGUCUGAGGGUUGGCAUGUCUCGUGAUGCUGUACGAUUUGGGCGCAUCCCCAAGCGUGAGAAGCAAAGGAUGUUGGCUGAGAUGCAGAGUGCAAUGAACAACAUGGCUAAUAACCAACUGAGUGCACAGUGCCUCCCUGAGAAUCUGCCCACAGGACACUCGCAGUCCAGUGCCCUCUUGCUGGGCCACCAGUCUCAACUGGCACCUUCUUCCCCACCAUCCUGUGCAGCUUCCCCACCCCAGAUUUCUCCUUGCUUCUCCCAGUUUUCUCAGCAGCUGACACCUCCACGAUCCCCAAGCCCCGGAGAUGUCAUGGAGGAUGUAAUCGCACAAGUGGCUAAAGCCCACAAAGAAAUUUUUGUUUAUGCCCAUGACAAACUGGCUACAGGGCCCCAACCACCCACAGGGAGUAACAGUUCUCCUAGUUGGGACAACAACUGGUUGAGUAAUGGCUACCGCACCAAUGGGCUGCAUCUUCAAAACGACAAUUGGAACACUGGCUCUGCCUCUCGUCCCGCUUGCCACCAGAAUAUCCAUGGACAUAGGUUUUGUCCCUCUGGGGAAGCAGACCUCUCCCUUAGGCAAGGCAAAACCAGAUUCUUGGCCUGCCCAGUGAAUUGUCAUCCUCAUGGUUAUAGUGGCCGCACAUUUCAGGAGAUUUGGGAGGAUUUCUCACUGAGCUUUGUGUCAGCUGUACGAGAAGUUGUGGAAUUUGCUAAACACAUUCCGGGAUUUCAGGAGCUGUCACAACACGACCAAGUCUCACUACUCAAAGCUGGCACAUUUGAGGUGCUGAUGGUUCGGUUCGCCUCCCUUUUCAAUGUCAAGGAGCAGACUGUAACAUUCAUGAGCCGCACAAAGUACAACCUUGAAGAGUUGUGGGGGAUGGGCAUGGACGACUUGUUAACAUCCAUGUUUGAGUUCAGUGAGAAGCUUAGUGCCUUGCAACUAUCUGAAGAAGAACUGGGCCUCUUCACAGCAGUGGUGCUUAUCUCUGCAGAUCGCUCAGGCAUUGAGAACCCAGCAUCAGUGGAACAGCUGCAGGAAACUCUGAUCCGAGCACUGCGAGCUCUCAUCCUCAAGAAUCACCCCCAGGAGACAUCCCGCUUUACUAAAUUGCUCUUGAAGCUGCCUGAUCUGCGCACCCUCAACAUGCACUCCGAAAAGCUGCUUUCCUUCCGCAUUGAGGCUCAGUAGAAGAUAGUGCGGGCAGAAAUACUGCGAGUCCAGGCUCCUGACCAAUUCUCCCUG